AUAUCUCCUCAUGCUUCAUGACCAGCUGCUUCACAUUUCACACAUUAACUUCACCCGACCACAUCUCCCUAGUGAUCUCAAAGAGAUCGCACACACAGCAGGCAAAGAUUUAGAGAUUCCUGACAGAUUCCAAAAUGUACCAUUUUGUGUGCUUCAUUCUGUUUGUGAGUGUGAAUGGACAAAAGUCUUCAGCCACAACUCCAUCUUCAUUCAGCAGUGCUUCAAAUCCAACCGUGUCUACAAAUGCUUCAGUGCAAACGCUUCAAACCAAUCCAUCGACAAGAGACAAUAAACACAUGGCCAAACCCACAGUGCUGGCUAUUGUCAGCAAGACCGAACAAACGCCAGGUCAGUCCAGUAUGGGAACAGGCUGCCUCAUCAAUCUCGAGGACAAGAAAGAAAUGACACUAUGGUUGAUGAUUGCAGUCCUUUCAGUAAUCUGCUUUUUGUUGCUGAUCAUCAUCAUGUGCCUGACCUGCAAAUGUUGUCGAGGCGCAAAGAACAACGAGCUGGUCGUGACGAAAUCGCCCAAAAUCACCCGGAGCAACAGCGAAAAUGGUGGGCCGUCAGAAACUGACAUAAUGUUGAAGGACUGCAGCUCGGUGAAAGUGGAGAUUGAGGCAACUGAAGAUGAGUCACAGGUGCCAGAGGAGGUGGGCGGAGCAACCGCCCAAGUCGGAAACCAGGUCUCCACCGAAGAGAACAAAAAUUCAGCUGACGUCACCAGUGAGACCACGCCGACCCAAGAAGUCGAUCAAUCCGACGAAACAGGUGAUUUGAAGAUGGAAGAUUUGGAAAAGGCAGAGUAGGAAUCAUCCUGGCAUCACCAAGACGACACACGCAGCUCUGACUGCAGGUGGAAUCGAAUUCAAAGCCAAAUCCUCUGUACGUGUUUCGCUUUUCUUUUUUGUUUCUGGGCAGCCAGUUUAUCAGGAAUUUGUGCCAAAUUUAGAGAUGACUUGAAAAAUAACGAGGGAAAUGAUAAAUGAUGUAAUGUGUUGGAAAUUUCAAGUUUUAAUGUAUAGAGUCAGUAAAUAGUGUAGAAUACCAAAUUGUGCAAAUUCAAUGAAAAUGUACA